AUGACGCAGGGUGGUGAAAGCCGGAAGGAAGCCACUAAGCCGAGAAACCUGUCGACCAGAAAAACCACCAGACUUGGCACCUGGAAUGUUCGUACAAUGUACGAGGCAGGGAAGGCACUGCAUGUUGCAAGAGAGAUGGAGGGCUACCAACUGGACAUAUUGGGUCUCUGUGAGACGAGAUGGACGACUGCAGGGGAGUGCCAACUUGCUUCUGUGGAAACAGUUCUCUACUCUGGACAUCUGGAGGAAAACUCGCGGCAUACAGAAGGAGUAGGUAUUCUGUUAUCAACACACGCCAAGCGGGUUUUGAUAGGAUGGAAAGCAGAGGGCCCGCGACAAAUAUCAGCUGAAUUCCGUUCACAGAAGAAAGACAUCAACCUUCAUGUUAUCCAGGGAUAUGCCACCACCAAUGAUAAGGACCAGGAUGUGAAAGAGACUUUCUACAAAAUGCUAAAAAAUACUAUUGAUCAGGUUAGAAGGAAGGACAUCUUGAUUUUAAUGGGAGACUUCAACGCUAAGGUAGGCAGUGACAAUGUAGGCUUUGAAGAAAUCAUUGGGAAACACGGACUUGUAGUCAGAAACGAGAAUGGAGAACUAUUUGCAGAAAUAUGUGCAACGAAUGGGCUCGUGAUAGGAGGGACUGUUUUCCCACAUAAACAGAUACACAAAUCAACAUGGGCGUCGCCAGACCAACAAACUGAAAACCAGAUUGAUCACAUGUGUCAACAAGAAAUUCAGGGGAUCAAUGAGGGAUUCCGGUACAACGUGGAAUUUCUGAGAGAGCCAUCAUCAAGAGAGGAGUUUAAUGUAGCAGUUAAGAACAGGUUCCAAGUGUUGGAAACACUAGGCGAGGAUAGCAGCGUGGAAGAAACAUGGGAGGCAAUAAAAAAAGGCUGGACCACUGUGUGUCAAGAGGUACAGGGGAAACGGAAACGUGAGCACAAGCCUUGGAUAUCGGUCACCACUCUGAGGAAGAUAGAAGAAAGGAAAAAGAAAAAGGAUCAGGUAAACAGGAGCAAGACAAGAGCAGGCAAAGCAAAGGCCCAAGAAGAAUACACCAAAGCAAUGAAGGAGGUAAAAGUCAGCGUAAGGAAAGACAAAAGAAACUAUGUAGAUGACCUAGCGCGCGGGGCAGAGGAAGCAGCAGGGGCAGGAAACAUGAGAGGACUGUAUGAAACCACUAAGAAACUUGCAGGCAGAUACAAGAACGCAGGUGUGCCGGUGAAGGAUAAAGACGGAAAGCUUCUCACAAAUCCAGACGAACAGAAAGAACGCUGGAAGGAGCAUUUCAAAGAGCUGCUGAGCAGACCAAGGCCAGAAAACAGUUUGACAUUCCACCAGCAGAGAUUGAUCUGGGGGUAA